UUUUAUCUCCAGAGAGAUAUGGAAUUGCUUUUUCUCCUCUGUUCGAUCCUUUACAAUUCCCUCACUUCUCUCUUACUCUCUCUUCUCCUCCCAUUUCGUUUCCUUCUCCACCGUCUCUUCCCCUCACGCGCCGUCGUAGAUCCAAAUGUCUCUUUCUACCAAGGCACCGUCUGGCACGACCGUCUCCGUCCUGUCCGCCACUCCUUCCGUUACUCUGUUCGUUACGCUCUCUUUGACCUCGAUCAAGCUAUCACCACGCCGCCGGAUCGUCUCUCCCCCGACGAAGCUCGCCGUGUUUCUCACACCACCGGGCCAAUUUAUCUGUUGACAAUACCACCAAGCGUUGGGUAUGAACAAAACCCAUUGAGUUUGUAUUAUUGCUACGACUUGGAUGGAUCGAGUAAGCGUUUGACUAAAUGCAUUGCUCAGGUUACAAAUACGCCAUGGGGGGAACGAGUGACAUUUGUAUUCGAACCUGAAUCUGACUUGGUUGCUAAAUCAUUACAAGUCAGUCCUUUCAUGGAUAUGCUUGGGAACUGGAAAAUAAGAGCUAAUGAACCUGGAGAGGAGUUAUCUGUCUCCAUUGAAUCGAAGCAUCCUCAUCUCGGUAACUAUUUCUCUGCAACAUUAAAGGCGAAAAGAAUACCUCCAACACAGGUGUCUGAUCCUGCUGUUUUCUUCUGGUUGAUGCCUCAUAAGGUUGCGAUUUGGAUCUAUUGGCAUGCACUUAAACUGUGGUGGAAGAACGUACCUUUUAUCCAACACCCGAGAUACUCAAACCCAUCAUACAGAGAAGAAUCAGAGAAACGUGAUCAAGAACUUCGUUGCGGCGGGUUAAACGCCGACGGUUGUAGUAGUAGUUUUGGAGGAUGUCGCUUUGCGUGGCGAGAUGCUAAUUGGCCUUGGUCAUGAAUGCAUACAUAAACUCCUAAGGGGCUAGCAGAUCAUCAGAGAUCGGAAGUUAUGAUCAUUCAUAGAAUGGGUAUGACUGGUAUUAAAAUCAUUUGAAAAUCUCGUCUCAAGUGUUAUGACUGGUUUAGAUUUUGGUUUCUUGAAACAAUUGAGAACAUUGUUGGUAAAUAGAAACUAAACUUUGCAUUGUUCAUUGAUUCGUUUGUAAUAAUUCAGAUAUCUGGAAAUACUAAUCUUUGUGUGUUGGUGGUACCUAAAGCCUUCCAUGUGAAAUGAUUUCUUGAAAUCUCACAAAAUGAUUAUGCAUUUUAAGUA